UACAGAAAAAAAACAUAAAAAUCAAAACAUCAACAUACACUGAAUAAUAAUAUUCAGUGUAAAGCAGUCUACAAAUUCUAUGACGGGUAGAGGUGAGGCACCUGGAUAAUGGACAGGGGGGGGGGCGCUGGCCCAAAAAAGGUUGAGAAACACUGACUUAGACUCACAAAGAAGGGAAGCAUCAGGAAAAGGUAGACGAGAAACAGCAUCACAAGCUAACACAAAUGCUUUUUUCUUUGAAGUCUAUAGAAAUCAAGCAAUGAACCAAAUAAGCUGUUAAUUUACUAUUGUUUUUCUUUUGUUAUAGCCUUUAUUUAUACCGCUAAAAAACUAAUAAGGAAUAAACAGGGUUCUCAAGAAAAAUCUGUACCUGAAGACUGCAUGGUUUACAGGACAUAAAUUUCAAUUUGUCUAAUUAGAAAAGAAAUAUAAUUGACCAUGUGCAAAAAAUGUCACACUGACUCAUUUAUAAAUCUCCAUGGAGAUUUGUUUUGACAAUUUUGAGUCCUUGUAGUAAAUUAUUUCGUUUUGUGGAAUCUCAUUUCUUAAUUAAAGGAUUACAAAUGUAUGUGAAAAGUCCUACAUACUUCGAGGUCCGGAGUGUUUUUUUUUUUUAAACUCCAUCCUCUCAAAGAAGGAAUGGGUUCCUGCUUCUAAUUAAAGAUGUUCAUUCCUCCCACUUUUGUCACCCCACCUGUUAUUGGCUGGUCAUCAAAUCUACCCAGUGAAAAAUGUCCUCCCAACUUUUAAAGGCUGGAUGAACGUAGAAAACUGGAACAUAAUAGAAGGGAUCCACAUAAAGAGGGACCACAAUGAAGCCUUCCUGUUACUUUGUUUUGCUGGUUGCUGGCUCUGCAUCAGCAGUCUUUGAGAAGAGGGUUCUAGGGAGCGAGUCCUGCAAAGACAAGAGGAGCUACCAUGUCCAGAUAACAUCUGUGCAGGGCGGGAAGUCCUGUGGAGGCGCUCUGCUCAACCCCCGCUGGGUCGUCACAGCCUCUCACUGUGCAGAGCAGGAAGUCAAACUAAAAUUUGGCUUAAACAUCAAGUGGACCUUGAAACUCAUUGGGAAAAAACUCAAGCAAACAAUUCCAAUUAAACAGCAGAUAACUUUUAAAGAUGGGGAGGAAAAAGCCCAUGACAUUAUGCUCAUAAAACUAAAUGAGGACGUCUCUCCCAAACUACCCACAAUCAGCUACGACAAAAAAAGCUGCACUAGGCCAGAGGAGGAUGCAAAUGUGGAGAUUGGCGGCAUGGGAGCAAAGAAAGCAGGAGGUAAACAUGUAAGUGAGGUGAGAUGUGCCACCACACAGAUCUCUCAGUGUGGUGAGAACGAUAAGCCUGGCAGUAACUACAACAGCGAUGAGGCUACAGUUAUGUGUGCAUUCAAACCUGGAGUGGAGUCCUGCUUCGGUGAUGCAGGCUCAGCUGUGGAGUACAACGGAAAACUCCAUGGAAUUAUCGUCAGCCAGCCUGUGGAUAAGUGUGCACAGCACAUUGUAAUGCUGGACAUCUGUCACUACACAGAGUGGAUUGAUAAAACCAUGAAGGAGCACUCAUAAGAACAGCAGGGCCCAUGAUUAAUAAAUAAAAUAAACACUCUUAUCAUGCAUGUUA